AUGCUUCCGAAAUCCCGUUUGCAAAGGUACGGACCCUUCGCCUAUCCCUUAGUCUCAGGUCUUACUUUCUGCGUACUCUUCCUCGCAUUGGACAGGGACUUGCCGCAGAAAACUUUCCCUUACGCAGCGCACUGGCAUAUUUUUUGCUGGCAAGUCGUGCUGUUUGGGGCCUUAUUGAGCGUAUCUUUGCGUGACCCCGGUACUGUUACCGCAGCAGCUGUCAAGUCGGCUGCAGAGAGGGAACCCAGAUAUGACGGCGUUUUGUACGUAGCAGGUGUCAAGUGCGAGUUCUGCGGACUGGGGCGACUGCCCCGCGUUUCACACUCAAGUGUGACGGAUCGCUGCAUCGAGUGCCAUGAUCACUAUUGUUUAUGGGUGAAUAACGAUAUUGGGCGGAGAAACCGCCCCCAUUUUAUUUUGUUUUUGUUCCUGCAUGUCUGUGCCGUUAUCCAUGGGUUUCUCAUCAGCGCCUCCGCUCUCUUGGAUCAAAUACAGCGCUGUGGGCCGCCUUUUGAGGCGUUUUGGACAGGAAGCCGCAGAGUGGAUACCCAAAGACUAGAAUGCAUGUAUUUCGAUGAAUUUUUUUGUGUGCUUAGCUUCUCGUUUUUGCUCUGUGUAGUUGUGUACUUAUUUGGUUUCCAUCUCUAUCUAGCGAGCAAAAACAUGACAUUUAAGGAGUACUACAAGUGGAAAGCAGUGCUCUUCGCCUGGAAGGAGCUUCAGACUACUAGAGAAGGGUUAGAAGCUCCUGAGCCGCAGGAUUUGAUCUUCGAAACAUUUCCAACUUUAGAAUUUGUGGAUGAUUCCCACAGGUCUAUGUUCCAGGAACGAGAUGAAAAUUUGGGUGAUAAGCAUGAGCACGCAAAGGCUGCAGAUCUGGUUUCGUCUACACAUCAAAGUUGGCCAUGGAAUCAUCGUGGAGCGCCUCCGGGAACCGGGUUGGAUCUUCAGGACAGCAAUCCGCCUCCAGUGCACUUCCCGUAUGAUAGGGGCUCUGCCUGGCGUAACUUUUGUGAAGUCCUCUGCAACGCGUUCGAAAGAACUUCGAGGCUAUAG